AUGGCAAACCCACCUCAGUUCUACAAGGCGAAGGCGUUGAAGGAAGCGCUCAAGCCCUUUGAAAAAAACAGAAGGCUGAUCUGUAUUCGAAACAUCAAUUACAGCUCCGAUGCACGCCAAUUUGAGGAAGCCUGUCGAAAGUUGCUCACCAUAGCCGACGAUGUCAAGUUCUUAGGCAAGGUCUAUCUCGGCUUCGAUACGCGACCUGAUUACAUUAUUGCGCUUCAGCAAAUCAGUGAGGGUUUCGAUUUCGAAGGAUUGAAAGUUGUAGUCGAAAGAUCAGGGAAGGGGCCCAAUCCAAAGAACCAGGUCGCGAGCACACCUGCAAGCUCAAUCGCUGCGUCCGCCUCAACCCCGGCUCUGGCUCCGGCUCCAGCUCCUGCUCCAGCUCCAGAUACAGCUACAGCUCUAUCUCUAGCUCUAUCUCUGGUUUCAGCUCUGGCUCCUGUUCCCGCUCCAGCCCUAGCUCCAGCUCCAGUCCCAGCUCUGGCUCUAUCUCCAGCAGCAGCUCCAUCUGAGAACCAACCUGAAGCUCAAAUGGUGGCCCCUACUGAGCGUCUCUCUGUUGAAACCAUCAUUUCUUACAUUGAUGAGUUAGCGACAGCUCCAUUGCCCCUUUUGGCUCGGGCUGGCGAACAUGCUCGCGUCUCGGAACUUGUGGCAUCUUUGGCCGCUGCAUUCCCCGAGACUGUGAAAUGUUUAGUCGAGGCUCCUUGCUUCCAAAGUGAAAGUGCUGCCACUGGGUCUGCUUCUGGCUCUAGCACUGUUCCGGUUUCAGGUGCCGGUCCUAUUGAAGAACCAACGACCAACGCCACAUCUUGCAACAACACUGUCCAGACAGAAACGGCCGCAGCUCAGUCUGGAGACAUCACCAUGCAAUCAGACAAAGAUGGCGCAGAGUCGGAAGGAGGAUGGUGGUGGUAG